AUGGAGCGGGAGAGGGUGCGACUGCAGGAGAAAGUUCAGAAGGCGGAGAGGGAGACGCACGUGCUGCGAGGGAGAGUGGGCGAGCUGGAGGAGCAGGUGCUGGCGCAGGAGCAGGAGCUGCAGGAAGCGACUUACCGCAUGGAAAAGGCUGUGCGGGAGGAGGAGCGGAAGAGCGUGGAGAUUCAGCGGAGGCUGGGGGAGGAGUAUCAGGCUGCUAUGGACGGGCAGAACCGGCUGCAGGCCAUGCUGGAGGAUCAGGGCAAGCGGGUGGAUGAGUUGACAACACUGCUGAGCCAAAAGGGGUUGGAGUGCAAGGACGUUUCCCAAAAGCUGCAUUCCGCGAAGGAAGAGAAUAACAAGCUGCGGCGAAGGCUCAAGGCCACUGCUCUGGCCCAGAGCUGCGAGGCAGGCUCGGCAAGCCCGGACCUGCGGGAGGCUCUGGCUCGGGCGGAGAGGCAGCUGCUGGAGAAGAAGCAGCAGGUGGAAGUGGCCGAGGCUCUUAACGAGGAGCUGAAAGAACAGCUGCUGGAGAAGAAGCAGCAGGUGGAAGUGGCGGAGGCUCUUAACGAGGAGCUCAAGGAACAGCUGUUUCUGGAGAAGAAGCAGCAGGUGGAAGUGGCCGAGGCUCUUAACGAGGAGCUCAAGCAGCAGGUGAAACACCUGACGGCCCGGCUGAGCCAGGAGGAUCUUCAGGUGUUUCGGCAGUCCUUCAAGGGGCGUUUGGCAGCUGCGGAGCAGUGUAUAUCGGAGCAGGAGCAGAAGAGCAAAGCGCUAAGCCAUGCUGCCGAGGCACACAUGGGACUGGGGGAGAGAUUGAAGGAGGUGGAGGAGGAGUGUGGGAGGUGGAGGGAGAUUGCCAGAGAGAGUGAGAUAAUGGCGGGUGGGGCGGAAGAGGCGCGUAGGCUUGCAGUGGAGCAGCUUGAAACGAGGAUGCGGGCGUGGGAGAGGGAGAAGGAGGAGCUGGUGCGGAGGAUGGAGGAGUUGGAAGGGGUGGAGAGGGAAAAUGGAGGGAAGGAAACAGAGGGAGUUAAGGAACAGUUGAGGAUAGCAGAGGAAGAGAGGGAGGAGAUGCGGAGGCGUUUGCAAGAGGCUUUAGAAGCUUGCUCCGAGAGUGAGGCGCUAGUAGAUGCUAUUGAAAGAUCAAGGGAAGGGCUUAAGCAGGAAGUGCAGGGGUUGAGUGAGAGGAACCGGGAGAUUGAGGCGGAGUUGGUGAGUGUGAGGGAGAGUGCGAGGGAGAGAAUGAGGGAGCGAGUGAGGGAGGCGGAGGAGGCAGUGGAGGAGGCGAAAAGGGAGUGUGAGGAGAUGCGGUGGAGGGUGGAUGAGGGGAGGAGGGCAGAGAGGGAGAGGGAGGAGGAGGUGGAGAGGCUAAGGGUUCAAGUGACGGAGGCUGUAGAGAGGAAAGAAGCGGCUGAGGAGGAAGCUGAGCUGGUAAGGAAGGAGUUGAGUGUGGUGCAGAGGGAAGUGGAGAGUGUGAUGGUGGAGCUAGAAGCGAGGGAGAGAGGGAUGGCGGAGCGGGAGGAGGAGGUGAGGGGGCUUGAGCAGCAGAUUGAAGGGCUUCAGGAAGAGGUGGAGAGGGAGAGGGAGGCUGUGAGGCGGGUAGAGGCAGACAAGCAGGAGAUUUCUCAGAGGAUUUUUCAGGAGAUUUCUCAGGAGAUGGAAGCAAGGGUUGAGAGGUUGGAGGAGCAGGUUAGGGGGCUUGAAGGGGAGGUGGAAAGGGAGAAGGAGCGAGUGGUGUGUGUGGAGAUGGCGCUUAGGAGGAAAGAGGAGGAGGUGCAGAGCGGUAGAGAGGAGCGGGAAGGGAUGGAAAGGGAGAUUGAGAAAAUGCGGGAGAAGGUGGAGGAGGAGGUGAAGGGGAGAGGUGAGGCAGAGGGGAAAGUGCGAGAGAUGGAAGAGGAGAAGAGGAGAGCAGAGGAGGAGAGAGAACAGGAGGUGGAAGGAUUGAGGGGAGAGGUGGAGAGGCUUGAGAAAGAGGUGGAGAGGGUUCGGGAGGAGUUGGAGGGAGUGAGAGGGCAGGUGGUGGGGGAGAGUGAAGUGAGGCGAAGGCUGGAAACCGUUGAAGGGGAGUAUGGGCGGCUUAGGCUGGAACUUUCUACGAAAGUGAGGGAGGCUGCAGCAGAGAGAGAAGCGACGGAGGAGAAGGAGAGGGAGUUGCAGCAAGUAAGGGAGGCAGCAGUAGUUGCGACUGAGGAGUGGAAGAAGGAGUUGGGAGAGGUUGAGAGGGUUAUGGGGGUGAUUCGGGAGGAGCGGGAGGCGGUGCAGAGGGAGUGUGAGCGGUUGAGGAAAGAGGCGGAGGAGAGGGAGGUGCAGGUGAGGCUGUUGGAAGGGGCAAGGGAUGAUGUGGUUGCUGCGAUGGGAGGGAUUCGGGAUGAGAAGAGAAAGGUUGAGAGGGAUAUGGAGGAGCGGAUUGAAGCUCUGAAGGUGGAGCUUGAGGAGGUGAGGAGGCGGGGGGAGGAGGAGAGGGAGGCGCGGGAGAGGGAGAGGAAGAAGGGAGAGGAGGAGAGGAAGGAGAGGGAGGAGGAGAGGGAGGAAGAGCGGCGUGUUAUGGAGGCGGAGAGGAGGCAGUGGGUGGAGGAGAGGGAGAGGAUGGAGGAGGAGAGGAGGAAAAUGGAGCAGGAGAAGGGGAGGAUGGAGGAGGAGAAGGAGAGGAUGGAGGAGGAAAGGAGGCGGUGGGAGGAGGAGGUGUGUGCUGCGAGAGAGGCAGCAGAGGAGGCGGAAGGGAAGGCGAGUGCUGCAAGAGAGUUGGUGGACGAGCUUCAGAGAGAGAUUGAUGCGCUGCAAGGAGAAAUCGAUGUGCUAAGGGAGCAGGGGCAGGCGCAGGCGCAGCAACAGGCACAUCAGCAGGGGCAGGGGAACGGAGGAGAGGCCAACGACAUGAUUGAGCUGAAACUGGUGGAGAGGGAGAAGGAGCUGGCAGAACUACAGGACCGGCUGUCGGUGCUUGAUCACGCAGUGGACGAGAAGGAGAGGGAUCUAGAGCGACUGGCAGCAGCACUGCAGGAGGCGAACAAGAAGCGGUGGGCGCGGGCACAGCAGAUCAAACAAAUGGAGGGAGAAAUGGCGGCUCUGCGGGAGCAGGUGCAGGGGCAGGUGGGGACUUUGGAAGACGCGAGUGGAGGUGAGGGGAGUGCAGCGAAGAAAGAUGUUGGAAGGGUGGUUCAGAGACUGCUGAUAGAGGUGGAAGAGGGAAGAAGGGAGGUGGAGGAGAGGAGGAAGAGAGAGGAGGAGCUGAAGGAGGAAGUGGAGGAGGGAAGGGAGAGAGUGAGGGAGGUGGAGGGACGGCAGAGAGAGGCGGAGAGGCGAGUGAGGGAGUUGGAGGAGGAGGUGUGUGGGUUGAAGGGGGUGAUGGAGAGGAGGGGGGAGGAGGGGCGUAUAUGGGAGCUACGAGCAAAGCAGCUGGAAAAGGCAGUGGAGCGAUGGAAGGAGUUUGAAGCAGCAGCGAGGCGGGAGGCCAAGUCCAAGAGAGAGGAGCUGGAGCUCAAUAGCAGACUGCUGGCUGAUGCUGUUAGCCUGAACGAUGAAAACGAGGUGACUCUGAAACGGCUAAGGGACGAGGUGUUGGCUCUGCGGGAGAAGUUAGAGGGUGUGGAGGCGGCGAGGGAGAAGGAGAGGAGGGGAGGAGGUGGGGGAGUGGGGAGUGGGGGGGAGAGAGCGGGUGGAGGAGGAGGGGAGGGGGAGCUGGGGCGGUUGAGGGAGGAGGUGAAGGGGCUGCGUUCGAAGCUGCGGGUUGCAGAGAUGGAGUGGGAGAGUGAGAGGGCGCAGAAGGGGCGGGCAGAAGAGGCACUGGCGAAGUACAGGAGGAAGCUGAGUGAACGGGAGGAGGAGCUGCAUGAUGCCUUGGAUAGGCUCUCUGCUGCUGCUGCUGGUGCUGGUGGUGGUGGUGGUGGUGGUGGUGUCGGUGCUUCUAAGGAGGAUUCUGCAGCAGCAGCUGUACUACAAGACAGGGUGUUUGCGCUCGAAAGGUGUGUUGCAGUAUCUGUUUAUAUGGGGUAUAGGUCUGGGGUAUAG